CAGCGAUUGCACAAGCAGCACGGCCUGCCACCACGCUUUAGGCAAAGGCUCCUUCACGAGGAAAACACUUUAGAUGAUGCCGUCACAUUGGCUUCCGUGAUGGAACGACACGCAGUUCACGAGGACACGACUUUGAGUGACGCUGUCACGCCGGACGCUGUGAUACAUCUACAGGUCUUGGUCUUGGAGUUCUCCGAAGCUGGUGACGUCCAACGGUCAGGGCUUGGUGAAGCUGCCGAACAUGCUAUGUUGGACGAGGUUGAGUCUCUGCUGCAGCUGCCCAUGGACCCAGAUGCUGUGACCGGUGAGCCUAACCACACGCCUCUGAUGGUGGCAUCUGGGAAUGGGCACGUUGACGUCGUCCGGCUGCUACUGGAGGCCGGCGCCGAGAUGGAGGCGCUUGCUGCUGACGGCAGCACAGCGCUGAUGUGGGCAGCGCUUGAAGGUCACGACUCAGUUGUCCGAUUGCUCCUUGAGGCCCGUGCCGAGAUGGAUGUCCGUGACAGGGGCGGUUGGACA